UAGAUAGAUAGAUAGUUAUAGAUAUAUAUAGAUAGAUAGCAUUAUUUUUUAUGGAUUCACAAAAAGCACAGAACUCAACUACAGUCCUAAAUUAAUAAUUAAAACUCACUUUCACUGCACCUUGUUUUUUCUGUUACUCAUUGUCUUUAGUAAUAUAAUUUUAUUUUUGAUCAUAGUGUUUUAAUUAGACUUUACAGAUCUUAUUCGCGCUACCCUCUGUAUCAGUGCGUCUGCAUCGUGCGUGAGGAGCAACGCGGUCUCGUUACUAACACGUCACUUCCGUUAUAAUAAACAACAGAAGUUACACUGCAAGCGAUCAAAUACAACAUAUAAUGACAAUAAACUGGAAUUAAAUGAAACCUUUUAAGCAACUCGUGACUGCAUCACUUUUGUGCUUCCAUGACCCACAAACUCCACUUUAUAAAGUUUAUAAACCUUCUCAGCAGUGUUUAAUCCCUGCCUUAGAGGUCGCACACUUACUUCUUCAGUCACGUGAUGAUUUUGCCUCCGUCUGAUGAGGACUGAGGUCAUGUUGGGAAUAAAAGGUAACGCUGUGUCGUGGAAAUUAGACAACAGUCGCAGACUCGUCCUCUGAAGGUAAAAUGGUUUAUUACAGAAAGAUGGUUAAUACAGGAUAGAAUAAAGCAAGAUAGAAUAAUGAGAGCACUCCGAAGCGCUUGUACUAAACCACUAUUAUAUACAGUGCAUCCGGAAAGUAUUCACAGCGCUUCACUUUUCCCACAUUUUGUUAUGUUACAGUCUUAUUCCAAAAUGGAUUCAAUUCAUUAUUUUCCUCAAAAUUCUACAAACAAUACCCCAUAAUGACAAUGUGAAAGAAGGUUGUUUGAAAUCUUUGCAAAUUUAUUAAAAAUAAAAAACAAAAAAAAGCACAUUUACAUAAGUAUUCACAGUGAUGUAUCUAAAACGACUAGGUUGCUGAAUUUCCUCUAGUUAGUCAAUACAGUAAUCCUCAAUUUACUGAUCAAAAUUAUGCCACAAACAAGAUAGAUGAGAGAAGCAAAAAUCCAGAUUAUUGUUCAAAAAACAACGUGAGAUCCCCUCGUGAGACGUCCCAAAAGUGAUCUGAAUCUAAGCACAGAUUCAAUCCCCUAUUUAUACAGUCUUUAUCUGUAGGUUACGCCUACUUAUCUCAUUCUUUUGGAAUCCCAAUAUGCUUUAUUAACAUCUUUUUCUGAUUCCCCUUAAAUCCAACUAUCCUCAAAAUGAAAUACGGUUAGAACGAGCUUUUCUUGUUCUGAAAUCCCCUUAAAACACAUAGUCAGCUAUUGGAUAUACUCUUAUCUUCAUGGUUUUUUUGGGGGUAUUUAAACCAAUGUCCAAGGCCCCACUGCCACACCCACUAUCAGUAACCGAGCUGUGUGCAUCUCAUCGCUCGUUGUCCUGAACAAUUCAUUUGGAUAUUUUCAUCACUUCUUCAUUAUGGGUAAGAUAUAUUUUUAUUAUUGCUUAAUGUUACAUGUAUUUCUUCUCUAAUUCUGUUUGUUUAUGGUUUUUGGUGCUUUUUAUACAUUCUGUGAGUAUGUGUGUGUGUGUGUGUGUGUGUGUGUGUUUCUUUUGACCAUAUUUGUAAGUGUGUGUGUGUGUUCCUCUUGAACAUGUUUGAGUGUGUGGGUGUGUGUGUUUUUCUUAAAACAUUGUAUUAGUGUGUGUUUCCCCCUUUGUCCAUGUCAUGUAUUGAUACCUGUUUCCUACAUUCUUUGCAUGUGCUUGUACAUGUAUUCAUGUGAAUAUAUUUUAAGUGUUACCAUUACUGUUUUAUCUAAUUUCCGUCCUUUCUCUCUGAUCUCUAUCCAGCCAAUCAACACCCUGCUGCAGCUGGACUCUCUCUCUCGGCUGCUCAACCUCACAGGCCUCGGUGGCCAGAGUGAAUAUAUACGUCAUCAGCUGGCUUAUUUGGCCUACAAGUCACCUCAAUUUGAAAAAGCAUAAAAGGACACAGCUAAGGGCCUACCUGUGCUCAAAGAAAGUGUUCUCAGUAAUUAUAAGAGAAAUGUAGCAUAAUGUCAGCCAUAAACAGGUAUAGAAGCAGGCAAGUUAUUUUUAAAGGUUCCAAAAUAAUUUAACAGUUAAGGCAUAUUUCCAACAGAACAGAAAUAUUUAAAUUUCCUUUCAAAUAUUCCUGUCUAUCUUGUCUCUGUGCACAAUAUCAUACCUUCUGUACCUGCAUGUGAGUGUUUAUUUUAAAUUGAGGCACAAUGUCCCUCUCUGAAGGAGGUUGUUGGAGUCCUCACUGCAAACAGGCUGUUGAUUAUUUCCAUUUUUCAAUAGUUCCACUUUCACUCUUUUCCCCCUCACGAAUGGAUCUGCAUGGAGCCAUUCAGGACAAGGAGAGAGGUAUGACUUCCUCUUCCCCUUUUUGGGUGGAAUCGCUAGGCCUCUCCAGUUUUCAACAGCGUCUUCAUCUGUUGGAUGGAUGUUUGUGACGGUGGCAGACUUCCCAGAACAGGAAGCAUCCAGUUCUGUUUUUCCAUCUACACUGCAAGUUGUGAAAAAAAUUGCAUAUUGCCCUCAAUGAAGGACAGAUGUCAAGCAAUGAAUCGAUCCACCCAAAUAGGCAAGUUUUCAUGUUUGAAGAGCCCACGUUUGAUGCUUUUGAACUCUACUUCAACAUUGGCUGAACUUGCAGUGAUGUUGGUGCUUCAGAAGUAAGGGAGCAUUACCCCUGUCCAGAGUGGUCUGUCUGUGUUUGGUCACAUGGAUCCACUUCUUCCAGUUCCUCACCCUCUAAAUCUGGACUGAUUACACACCCUUCUGCAAUUCGGCUUUCAGUCCCACUGGCAGAUCAUCUUGAUGCAGUGUGCAACAUCAACCUGAACAAAACCAGGUGGCACUUUUGCUGAUUCUUUACUGAGUAAGACACCACAACACUCACUGAUGUAGGUCUUCAGAUCAGGAUGAGGAGUAAAAGCCUUGACCAGAGUUCUAAGCAAAGCCAGAGAAAAGUCACUCACAACCUCUUUUGGAAUUGGCGCACCUGCACGUAUCCAUUCUGUCAGCCAUUGUGUUAUCACAUUAACAUCUUGUCUCUCUGACAGCAUUUGCACCACUGGGACACUUGAACUCUCAUCCCCUGCCAGAACACCCUGAUAUAAGAAGAUAUGGACAGACAUGCCAUUUGGUCUCUGUAGUUUCCUGACCACUGAGCCAGUUGCAUCAAAACUCACAGUGGGGUUAGUAGAAUUCUUUGAUAAUGACUCGUACAUAAACGUUGUGUUUGACUCCAGUAGAGACAGAAAAACUUGUCCAGUGCAGUUCCAACUGCAGUGACAAAAUAGGAUCUUUGUCGUCUAAUUCUAAGUCAUUUCUCUCUUGCUUUGCUUCGUGCACGGUGGCCAAAUUAGGCAGAUGGCUUGGCUCAGGAUCUCCAAAAUAAAUCAGCUGUGUUGCCUCUGAUGCCCUCCAUACAUGGGGUUAAAUUCUUCCCUCACACAGUUCUUUGGCUAUCUGCACAUGCAAGUUACCAGACAUCACACGCUUGGAACAGCAAGUGUGCAGGGAGUCAUCAGUGUUUUUAAUUAAACACUUGAGCAACAUUGGGCUGUUCAUUUCAGGCUCUCUGUUUGUGAAUGUGGAUAUGACUCUGAUUUCUAUGAAUUUCUCUGUGGCUGAUAGAUAGACCUUGGCUCUUUUAAAGACAAAUGUGCAGGGGCUUUUCACUUCUUGCCAACUGUGAUGAUUUAUCACGUGUCCAGAUGCCACGCUUCAGAAUUGUGUAUUCCCUUUUUUUUGUGUUUCAGAGAACUUGUUUUUCUAUUUAACUGUUUGAGGAAUAAAUUCAAUCCAUUUCUGAAAUGAAACUUCAAGAUAAAAAGUCCAGCAAUCUUUUGGUCUUGGGUAAAGGGACCUGGCUCAAAAUGAGUGUCAUCACUAAUGCCACUUGUUUCAUGAUCACUUUAAUAAAUAAACCUUAAAGCAGUCCAGAUGUUGUGUCUGUUCAAUUUAACAAAAGUAUAUAGUGCCUUUGCAGUGAUCUUGUUUUCUAGCUGCUCACUAAGCUCUGUCCAGAUGCUCUGAUUAGGAGUAGCUAUGUUGUCAUUUUGGACCAUGGCCUCUUUGGAUGAACAGAGGACUGUGAAAAUGGAAUCCCUGUCCACUGCUGGUUUCUUGGACAUCUGGCAUAAGCAAAACAUAAUUACCCACUGAAAUAAUCCUGACUCAGAAAAUGUCAUGUACAGUAUAAACUUGUUUUCAUGUAUGACUGUAUUUGCCAAAAUACAAGGAUAAUAUAAUAUACUAAUAAUAUAUGAGGAUAUUAUAUCUUAUAUUAGGACCAAUAUGGUAAUGUUGACCCCUAGAUGCACAACAUAUUCAAAAAACUAACAUGGAUACCAUGUGCAGCUGAAAUUAGCAUUUCAUGGCUACAUUAGCCCUACUAGUAUUAGCAAUGAGUUUUCUGUUCAGUAAACGUUGACAAUCUUAGCUCUCUUGAAUGUUGUACCAUUAUGAUUGAAGAUAACUAAUAAUAUUGUAACUGACAGUGUUAAAACAUUGUACUUACACUGGCCAGAAUUUUGAUUUAGUAAUGAUAUCAACUUUUCCUAUACUAACUUAACACUACUUUCCACAAGAGCAUCUUGAACAGAAGGGUCACUUACACCAAGUGGUGGCAGUGAAGUGUAACAGAUAAAUAAAUGAAAAGUUCAAUCAUGAGAGACCAGUGAUUAAAGUAAAGAUAAUUGUUUAUUGAACAAAUGAUGAGAUGAUUUGUCUUGACAAAGUCUUCUGCAAUUCAACUCUAAAAGAGUGCUCACACAGAGGAGAUUUGUGCCUAUAAGUCAAUGUCUAAUAUUUUAAAAACGGAAGCAGCACAAAUGAGGGUUUUAUCUGCACAAACCAGCACAAAUGAUUGAGACUAUUAGGGGUGAAUUUGGAGAAUGUGCGGGGGCUGAGUGACCUCAGAAUGACCUACAGAUUUUCUUUUAAUAUCUCCAAAACUGAAGCAGCACAAACGAAAAUUUUUACGGCACAAACCAGCACAAACCAUUGUGACUAUUUUGCCGACGUUUUGCCUUGGGUGGGGGCCAACUUCACACAGGUCCAAACCUGAGCUUUCAGAAUUAGAAUAAGCUUUACUGGCCAAGUAUGCUUGAGUAUACAAGGAAUUUGUUGCUGGUUUAUAGCGAUCCUACAGUGAACACUUACACACUUACACAUACAGUGCUGGAUAUAAACAAGACACAAAAGAAACUAAUGACAGAUACCACUGGACACUUUACAGUGAAAACACAACACAAUCUUAAAAACCACUCACAAAGAACAGUUAAGAGUAAAGUGAUAUUAUUUUAAAUGACUAAAAGCUUCUUGUAUGAGCCCCGAUGAGCCUCAUAAAUAAGAGUUUGAGACUCUUUAGUUUUUAUUCACAGGUACUGUAAGAGACAUUGUCAUAAAGAGUCAAUUUUAGACAAGCUGAGGGAUCUAUCCUGUCAUAUCCAUGUUUAAAACGCAAUAAUGGAGCUUGUUUAACGUGUAAAAAGUAUAAAUAAGGUGUUGCUACACUGAAAGAUCGAAUUAGAGGAAUGAUAAUAAUUACUACUAAUAACUACACCUGUUGUAAAUCUACACUAAUCAGAAUUGUGAUAAGUGUUUAUUCAUACAACCAACAGAAGUGCCUCAAUUUACCUGAAAAGAGCUGUCUCGUGCUGUCUGAUUCUCAACGGUCAUCUCGCUCAGUUUGAAUGACGCGCCCGCGUGCUCCGAAACCACACCCACCAGAUGACUAAACAGUAGAAAUGAAUGGAAUAGGGAUAUAAAUAAAUAGAUAAAUAAAAAAGACUGCAUUCCAUAUUUUCUCCUUCACUGUUAUUGCAAAUGUUAUUAUAUUAUAUUAUAUUUAGCGCUGCAACAACUAAUCAAUAAUCGAUUAUGAAAAUCGUUGUCAAUGAAUCUCAUUAUCGAUUAGUUUGUCUGCGUGUGGUACAUUUACUCAUUACGUUACUUCUGUACUGAAAACACGCUUCGGAGAGUAAAUAUUAAAGUAGUGUCCUAAAUGAAGUACUGUACACUUACAUUAUGUAGUUGCAUUACGCACUACUCUACCGUCUAGUGCAGCUGGGGGGUGUCCGCGAACCCCUAGUGGUCAGUGGUGUAAUUGCAGGGGGUCCUUGGGAAAGUUUUAAAAUGAUUUUAUAUAUUGUUGCGACGGGCAGAGAGCCGGAGCACACAAGAAGGAAAUCGCUCCUUCUCCAACUGCCGCACCGGCACGACGUGGGCAGCUUCGUGCCGAACAUUCCGCCAGCCGGAAGGGGCGGGACUGACGCGACACCGGCCAGCGAUUGGCAGACCCAACGGAGAAAUUCCACCACUCAGGCGACGGCGGAGGAGGAUAAAAGGGCGCGCUUCUGGCCGUACGAGAGAAAAGAAUACCGUAGCGACAAGACGGACUCCGUGCAAGCGCGGACGAGAUCGCCGGGUGGUGAGAGUCCCACCUACGGAGGACGCCGGCCCGGGAAAACCCUCGCCCCCGUCUCGGGAAUCCCGCCUCCGCCACGAGUAGGCUACACCGGCAGUCACGCCUCCACAAGCCCCGCACUCAUCCCCUCACAACCCACUCACUUCACCCUUGCACCAAUAAACCACCGUUUGUGAAUGUUCUUCUGCCUCCUGUGGGUCUGUACGCCGCCCUGUACGAGGCUAAUUCCUCACACUGGUGGAGGAUGCAGGUAUAGUACAGACUCGCCUACCACAAAAAAAAAAAAAAAAAACCCACAAAAUGGACCACACCCUGCAACACCUGCUGGAGACAAGCCUCAGGCAGCACGCUGUGACGCAUCAGCUCGCCGAGAACCUUCAGGUCGCCACACAGACACUGAUCGCCAUGAGGACUGAGACCCCCGCCGCCUCCAUGCCUCUGCCCGACGCAAGCAGCGAGAUCCGCCGCCUACUACCCCCCCUCGGCCCCGAAGAGGACCUCGAGGCGUACUUCGAAGCCUUCGAGAGUAUCGCCCGCCGGGAGGGGUGGGGCUGUGACGACUGGCCACGCGCCCUUGGUCCACUGCUCACGGGAGAGGCCCGGACAGCCUACUAUGCCCUCGAGCCGGAGGAGGCCGCAGACUACCUGGCGAUGAAGGAGGGAGUCCUGGCAUGGUGUGGCCGAACCCAUGGCCAGGCUGCUACUGAAUUCCAUCGCUGGGUUUAUCGACCAGGGGCCCGACCACGUUGCCAGAUGAACGCCCUCAUCCGGACUACCAAAUGAUGGCUCCAGCCGGAUCGGCAUACCACCUCGGAGGUGGCGGAAAAAGUGGCGGUCGACCGUUUCCUGAGGGCGCUACCCCGGGCAGAGAGACAGGCCGUGGGGGCACACGCCCCAACUACGCCCCAGGAACUCCUAACUGUCCUGGAGCGAACCUUGGCCACCCUGGAGCUCGACCCCGGGGAGCAGCAGCACCUCGAUCGGCCCCUCGGUGCCCCGGGCCCCCGGUCCGACCGCCAGACUCGGCCCCGCACCUGGAGGAACCCUCAGAGGGCGCCCACUUGUGAACACCCCCGAGACGAGCCCAUGCCUACAGAGCCGGAGAGGGAAGCCGCCCAGCUGCUUACAAAAAUAUGGCUGGCAGGCUGCGCCCUCCAUCAGCAGCAACCGCCGGAGGCGCCCUCCUUGACGGUGUGGGUCGAGGGGAGACCGGUAACCGCCCUGCUGGACACCGGGAGCACGGUGACCCUCGCCCGGCCCUCCAUCCUGCCUGAGGGGCGCCGCCCAAGGGGGACGCUCACCGUGACCUGCGUCCAUGGGGACAUCCGGGAAGUCCCCUCAGCCGAGGUCCGGAUCCGGGGCGAAGCCGGCACCUGGCCCCUCCAGGUCGGAAUCAUCCCCAAACUCCCCGUGCCCCUCCUCCUGGGACGAGACUGGCCAGGAUUCCGGGUGGUACCGAGAGCCGAGCCCCAGAGAUUGCGGCGACGUACGAAGGGGACCCCGGCCCGGCUGGCCUACCUGGCCCAGGACGACGGAGAGGCCACCACAGAAGGUAAGACCCCCCAAACUACUAACCCUCUGUCGUCUGUCUUUCCCCAGGUGAACCGGGAGGGGAAGUUCGGCCGGGAGCAGAAGGAGGACGACCGGCUGAAGCGCUGCUGGGCUCAGGUACGGGUGAUAGAGGGGGUCGACCAGAGUCCAGACCUGAGGCUCCCCACAUCAUACUUCCUCGUCCGAGGGGGCUCCUCUACUAACGGGCCUGCCGCCACGGGGAGCAGGUGGACCUACUGGUGGUGCCCCAACCCAAGAUGGCCAUCUUAUUGCACCUAGCCCACACCCAUCC